AUGGCGAUCGAUGGACUAUUCCAUCCCCAACAUCUUCCUCGUCUUCCAAGCCGUCGUGCACUUAAAAGAGAGAAGACACCCGUAAAAAACCCCUUUUCAGGCUUGCCAAUGACGACACGAAGCCACAGCUACAAGACCCUCACUUUUGUUCCUAGUGGGUGGAUUCGCACCGUCGACGCCCUCUCUCGGGCUAUUUGGAAAAUCCGAGGGAGUUUGCUCCUCACCAAAAAACGAUACCUUCGAAUCCGAUCAGCCCAUGGAGUUGGCCACGUGCAGUCCAAGGACGACUAUUCCAUUGCUGCAAUCGCCGCAUCAAAAACCAUGGACAUCCUUAAGCAGGAGCUUCUGAAAAAGCGGCAGAGCCUCGCGGAGGAUGUAGGCGGCAAGAAAUUCUUCAAGCGCUCCGAGAUCGAGCAGAAGCGCCUUCAGCGCCUCCGCGAAGAGGAGAAACGCGAGGCCGAGGCCAAAUCUCUCCGCCGCCAGAAGCAAUCCCAGCAGGAACAGCAUCAGAACGACCCUACCUCUUCCUCCUCCAACCCUAGCUCCAAGCCGGAUAUCCCCAAAUCAAAGCCUGAAUCCUCCUCCAAAUCCCUGGCUGAGGAGCAGAACAUCGACGACCUCAACCUCCCCCGGCAGGAAGUCGUCCGCCGCCUCCGAUUUCUUAAACAGCCGGUGACCCUCUUUGGUGAGGACGACCAGGCGAGGCUGGACCGCCUCAAGUACGUCCUGAAGGCCGGCUUGUUCGAGGUCGAUGACAGUGAUAUGACCGAGGGCCAGACGAACGAUUUCUUACGGGAUAUUGUCGAGCUGAAAAAGCGUCAGAAAUCUGGGAUUAUGAGUGAUAGGAAGAGGAAAUCCAGAAAUGAUGCUGGGGAGGAUAAAGACGGUGGGGAUGGUGAUAAGGAUCUGAGUGGGGAUGGGGCUUCCUCAGGUGUUGAUCACGACAAGGAUUUGAAGCGGAUGAAGGCGGAUUUCGAGGAUCUGUGUGACGAGGAUAAGAUCCUCGUCUUCUUCAAGAAGCUGCUCAACGAGUGGAAUGACGAGCUGAAUGAGAUGGGUGAGGCUGAGAAGAGGACGGCUAAGGGGAAGUCAAUGGUGGCCACAUUCAAGCAGUGUGCUCGUUAUCUGAAUCCGCUGUUUAAGUUCUGCAGAAAGAAGGUUCUUCCGGACGAUAUUCGGCAAGCAUUGAUGUACAUCGUUGACUGCUGCAUGAGGCGCGACUAUCUGGCUGGAAUGGACCACUACAUAAAGCUGGCAAUUGGCAAUGCUCCCUGGCCCAUUGGUGUUACUAUGGUUGGCAUCCACGAACGUUCGGCCCGCGAGAAGAUUUACACCAACAGCGUGGCUCACAUCAUGAACGACGAGACCACACGAAAGUACCUACAGUCUAUCAAGCGGCUCAUGACUUUUGCCCAACGGCGUUACCCCACAAUGCCCUCCAAAGCCGUUGAAUUCAACAGCCUGGCGAAUGGUAGCGAUUUGCAGUCACUUUUGGCAGAGGAGAGGUCGAGUGGUGGGGAAAAGCGCGAGGAGAAGCUUCUUUUGAUGCCUGCUUCUAAAGACGACUAG